AUGAAGGCUUCAACACUUUGCCUUUUCCUCCUAUUGUAUGAGAUCAGUAUAGUCUCAGGUACGGAGUCGAAGGAUUCUCCGGCGAAGACUAUAGGGGUUACUCUGGAUGUUGCCGCUCCAGAUUCUUGUACUAUACAAGUACACAAUCACAGACUACAUCACGUAAAGACACCCUUAUAUACAGCAAAGCCUGGUUAUUUUAUAGAAAAGGUGGUAGAAGGAAACACUACCAUCUGCGAAUGUUCUCCCAAGGGAGCAUUUGUCAAAGUCACGCAUUGUUUUAUAAAAGACCUAUUUGAUAUUAUCCAUGUAUAUACUAUCGAUUUAAAUGGUACAAAGAAUGCCUGCUAUUUUCUCAAGAAGGAUGGUAGCCAGUGGAUAUCCAUAGGUGAAGAAGACUUUUAUACGAGGUUCCAUGUCAUUACUUCCACUAAUCAUGAAUUUAAUGACAAGAUACUCGAUGUCUCCAAAGCUUCUACUGAUUGGGAACUGUACGUUAAUGAAUCGCCAAAGUCCCCCUUUGCAGUUUAUGGAACCAGAAGCACAUGUAGAGUCAAGGAAAUUAAGACCAAAAACCGUGGUGGUACCACAAUAUGGAAGAAAGAGAAGGAUGAGUGGUGUACCAAACUCACCUUUUAUCCCAGGGAAGGAGACCAUAAACUCCUCUGGAUAGUCACCAAGGACCCACAUGAGAAUGAGAAUAUUCUCUACUACUCCAAGAUGAGUGGGUCAUGGAAGUCUGUUGACAAGAAUGGGUAUCUGGAAGACUUAGCCAAGGCUGGCUUUGACAGGUCAACCUUCGAUGAUAGGGUUACUCUGGACAUAUCCAACGUUGACGACCAACUCUUCUUCAUUGACAAAUACCAAGUUGACAUUAUAGUAGAAAACAGACACCAUGUUCUUCCGGGAUUUAGAAUGAACAAGGUAGUUCAGGGUAAGGAUAUCAUCUGGGAGUCUUCGGAUGAUAGAUUCUCUAUCCACUUAAGAUUCAAUGAAAGAGGACCAGAUAUUUCACUUGGUGCUCUAUUUACCACGAAUGCUAGAAAAGAGCACAAGAUCAUUUACCUCAGAAAAAUGAGUGGAAAGUGGGUGACUAUCACAAAGGAUGAAUACGAGGACAUUUUGGCCGGUAGGAAUAAUCCAAUUUACACUCAUGAAUCUACUGGUAAAAUUGUAAUGAGCAGUUUUAAGAAUAAGCAAGGUAUAAAGAUUGCAACAUAUGCCUCCAAGGUUGAGAAUGCUAAAGCAGACAUUCUUCUUGUCCAUGGAGCUCGGACACAUCUCACGUCAGACUUUCUCACAUUUAACAUGGACUGGAACUAUGAACGUUAUGGCUUCGAGAUAUUUCCCUACUGCAGUGUUUUUGAUGAACCAGUAACUGUCAAAAAGGUAUCCAAUGCAGAACGCUACAGAUCUUACUUUGAGUACAAGACUCUAGAAGGAAUGAAUCCACUAGACAUUCUUCACAGGUCUCAGUAUAAGGGCACAUUCAUAGAGGCCCUUAAUAGACUUGGGUAUAAUGUCUAUAGUUAUGACCAUCAAUCACAUGGUUUUUCUGAAUCCAAGACUGAACGAAGAUGUCAUGCUGAGAAAUUCAUGGAUUAUAUUUAUGAUCUCUUGCAAUUCAUUAGCAUUGUAAAGAGAGAUAAAUUUGGAGAUACUUCUCAGACCUGGGAUGAUAAGUUAGUCUUCAAUAGUCAUGAGACUAAUAGAAAGAUCAUCUUCAUGGGUCAUUCAAUGGGAGGAAAUAUGGUGAUAAGAGCUGUGCAAAAGUUUUACAAGGAGAUUAAGAAUCCUAAUGCAAAUUUUGUGGAUGGUCUAAUUGGUCUUUCUACUAUGCUUGAUGUUAGCCCAUACCUUGAUGUGUGGUACAAACAAGUAGCAAGACCAUUUGAAGAGGCUAUCGCCUGGAUGGAUCCAAAAUCAAAGAGUCCGUAUCAGUAUCCGUAUGACAUUGCUCUCAAUUUUGAGAGAUUCGCAGAUUACCAUACUGAUAUGCUCUACUAUAGUGAUAGAUUCACUAGAAAUACAGCAAUGUCUCCUUUUAGUGCAUGUAGAAGGGUUAGGAAGAAAAAAAGAACCAAGUUAUAUCCCAAAGAUUUGCCAACACUAUUUGUACAUACUACAGACGAUGACGGAUGUGGUAUAAAGGGUCCAAGGAAGAUGGUUAAUAAGAAACUAAAGGAAAGUAAGGUUGCCAAACUCGUAGAAUGGAAAGGAUGUGGACACCAUAUGGCUGCUAUUCAACUCAUUCCUAUCUUGGUACCGUUGUUAGAAAGGUGGCUAAAUGGUCACUUUCCAGAGAUGAAUAGAAAGAGACCAUUACAGGUUCCAUAUAGUGCUAGAGAGGAGUCAAUUGGGGUUGUUCAGAAGAAACUCCGUAAUGUUGUACCUAAAGAAACCGUUAAAGGACUAGAAGGAACCACUCUUGACCUCUCUUCUCCGGACUCUUCUUUAUUUUCUCUAGCUGAUGAUCGGAUUCAUGGAGUGAGUCAUAGAGCUUUUGUCCCCAAAGAUGGAUCUUCUCUAGUAUCAGUGGUGGAUAACGGAGAUACCAUUUGGACUUCUGCAGGUCCUAAAGAAGGAUGUACAGGUGCCUACCUUUUUUCCAGGGAAGGACACUCUUCUCUUCUUAGUGUCUAUACAAGGGGUGCCGGAGAUGAGACCUUUUGUUUUGAGAAGGAUGGUAAUCAAUGGAAGAAUGUGGAUAGGUUGAAAUUUGAAACUAAACUUCACUUAAUGAAGGACUCUUCUGCACCUGCUGGUGAGAAGCAUAGGGAGGAAGAUACGUGA